AUGAUCGGAAAACUCUGUGAGGAGGUUGAUGUGAUACAAGCAGAGUCCUUGAAGUGGAAAGAAGGUAUGGAUCGCUUCGCUGCAGAGAAAGAGGCUGCUCGAGCUCAAUUGUCAUCGGUUGAGAGCCAACUUCAAAGUAUGAAGGAAAAAAGCUCUGUUCAAGUAAGAAGAAUAGAGGAGCUCGAGGCUCCGUUGGCCUCUGAACUUGCUAAGGCCGAAUCUGACGCCAAAAAGAUAAAAAGGGCUAAAGAGCUCGAAGCUGAUGUUGAAGCUUUGCCUUCCGAUGAUGACGAUGAUGAUGAUGGGAGCCAAAGAGGGUCCGAGAGCAGGGAGGAGCCUGAUGGAGAAGAGACCUCCUCCGGGGAUAACCAAGAAACUUAG